AUGGCGGUUGUAAAGCCUUUUGUUCAUGCAUUCUUUUUGCUUUUAAUUUGCACAACUGGUAAUGUAUGUGACAGAAAGCUUGUUGGUGAGGAAAAGGCAUCAGUUCAAUUUCAUAACAUGUUAGAUAAUGAUAUUACGGUUUUCGCCAAUAUUGAGGAUGCUGAUAAUAUUGGAGUGAUGCGCACAAGAGUGUUCAUGGGUGAUACUAGAGAAAAGCUUGAUUUCGGUGCCGGUGCGGGUGCCGGUGCAGGGGCGGGUGCCGGUGCCGGUGCCGGUGCAGGGGCGGGUGCCGGGGCGGGUGCGGGUGCGGGGGCGGGUGCUGGUGCCGGUGCAGGGGCGGGUGCCCGUGCGGGUGCGGGUGCGGGGACGGGGGCGGGUGCCGGUGCCGGUGCCGGUGCAGGGGCGGGUGCCGGUGCGGGUGCAGGGGCGGGGGCGGGUGCCGGUGCCGGUGCCGGUGCUGGUGCCGGUUCGGGUGCGGGUGGGAAUACGGGUGCGGGUGCGGGUGGGGAUGCGGAUGCAGGUACUGUUGUUUUUGGUGCUAGUGCAGGAGCUGGUGAUGUAGGUGCUAGUGGGGGAACUGGUAUUAGUGCUGGUUUCAGUUUCAAUGGUUUCGGUGGUGAUAUUGAUGCUAGUAUUGGUUUCAAUUUCGGUCCUGGCCCUGGUCCUAGUUUCAAUUUCGGUCCGGAUUUUGAUGUUGGUGUUGGUGUUGGUGUUGAUGUUUAA